GCCCUCAGUCAAAAUGGCACUAUCACGGAAGUUGCCGAAGCUCUAGAGGUUGCCGAGGCAGGUCCGGAAGCUACCGAACGUGUCCGGAAGUUGCCGAAAGAGAGCAGCGGGGAAGGAGGAUGGCGGAUAUCAUCGCAAGGCUUCGGGAGGACGGGAUCCAAAAACGUGUGAUACAAGAGGGCCAAGGAGAGCUUCCUGACUUUCAGGAUGGAACCAAGGCCACCUUCCACUACCGGACACUGCACAGUGACCAGGACGGCACCGUGCUGGAUGACAGCCGGGCACGCGGCAAGCCCAUGGAGCUCAUCGUCGGCAAGAAGUUCAAGCUGCCGGUGUGGGAGACCAUCGUGUGCACCAUGCGCCAGGGCGAGAUCGCACAGUUCCUCUGCGACGUCAAGCACGUGGUCCUCUACCCACUGGUGGCCAAGAGCCUGCGCAACAUUGCGGCCGGCAAGGACCCCCUGGAGGGGCAGCGGCACUGCUGUGGCAUCUCCCAGAUGCAUGAGCACAGCUCCCUGGGCCACGCCGACCUGGAUGCGCUGCAGCAGAACCCGCAGCCCCUCAUCUUCCACAUCGAGAUGCUGAAGGUGGAGAGCCCCGGCACGUACCAGCAGGACCCGUGGGCCAUGACUGAUGAGGAGAAGGCCAAGGCCGUACCCAUCAUCCACCAGGAGGGCAACCAGCUGUACCGGGAGGGGCACGUGAAGGAGGCCGCCGCCAAGUACUACGAUGCCAUCGCCUGCCUCAAGAACCUGCAGAUGAAGGAACAGCCUGGGUCCCCUGACUGGAUCCAGCUGGAUCAGCAGAUCACCCCACUGCUGCUCAAUUAUUGCCAGUGCAAGCUGGUGGCGGAGGAGUACUACGAAGUGCUGGACCACUGCUCCUCGAUCCUCAACAAGUAUGACGACAACGUCAAGGCCUAUUUCAAGCGGGGCAAGGCCCACGCGGCCGUGUGGAAUGCCCAGGAAGCCCAGGCUGACUUUGCCAAGGUGCUGGAGCUGGACCCAGCCCUGGCGCCUGUGGUGAGCCGUGAGCUGCGCGCCCUGGAGGCACGGAUCCGGCAGAAGGACGAGGAGGACAAGACUCGAUUCCGGGGCAUCUUCUCCCACUGACGGGGGCCCCCGGCCAGCCCUGCCCACGCUGCCAAGCCUGCUGCUGCUACCACCAGCCCCCCGCCUCUGCUCCAUCACAGUUCUCUGUAUAAAGGCCUUAUUUAUCUCUCCUCUG